UCCUCUUCUUCGUUGAGAUAGAGCGAGAAAGAAGAGAGGAAAAUAUUAACUACGACAAUUAGAAAAAGAAUAAACACAAAUCAAGAACAACGAAACUCCCACCUCUGUCUCCACCGGUAACACUUGAUAUUAUGGUGAUCUUCAAGGGAUUAGGAUUCAAUUUCAGCUGAUGAUGGCAGCCAUGUAAUUUCUCCAGUCAAUUUCGCUGAAGCUCCCUUUUAAUUGACUUUCUUUCUUUCUUUCUUUCUUUCUUUCCCGUUUUCCUCCUUUUCUUUCACGCGGUUUUAGGGUUGGGGUUUGCCGCCCAAGAUUUCAUCGUCGUCUUUAAUUCAAGCCAGGUCCUCAACGGAGUUUCGCCUUCGAAGGGUUAGGGCAUCAACGGAAAUGGAGCCUUCCGGUCCAAAUCCCGACGCCUUCAGGGGCUCUUCUAGCAACCCUAACUCUAGAAGAUACGGCGUGUUUUCCGCUUCGAGUCUCAUCCAAGCUCCGAUUUCCACCUUGUUAGAGUAUUCGGGUCUUCUGCGGACGAGGUCCGGGACUCAUCAAGAAACGGAGAGCUUGAUCAGCGGUGGAAUUCAUAAUCAUCUUCACAAUCAAGGUCGUCUCGAUGACUCUGCUCCGACGGCCAGCAACGGGGAGGUUUCCAUCAGGAUAAUUGGCGCAGGGGAGCAGGAGACCGAGAGGGAGAGCCCUGGGUUGGUGGUUGGUCAGGUUAGGGAUCCAAGUGGACAGAGUGAGGUAUCUGUCCAGCCGAUGGCAGGCUUGGUAUCUGAUGUCCAGGGAGAUUCUGUUGGUGAUCGUUCCCUGGGUAUGGGCGAAGGUGUUUCACAGCCUUCUUCAAACUCAGCAGCUGAUGCAGAAGCUGGCGAUGGGGCUGGCCCUAAUACUAGGGAUUCAUCUUACCAGAGAUAUGAUAUCCAGCAAGCAGCUAGGUGGAUUGAGCAAGUGUUACCAUUUUCUUUGCUUCUGUUGGUCGUCUUCAUCCGCCAGCAUUUGCAAGGUUUCUUUGUCACAAUUUGGAUUGCUGCUGUCAUGUUCAAGUCUAAUGAUAUUCUACGAAAACAAACAGCCUUGAAGGGAGAGCGGAAGAUAUCUAUUUUGAUUGGCAUUUCUCUAGCAUUCACAAUCCAUGUUAUUGGCAUUUACUGGUGGUAUCGGAAUGAUGAUCUUUUGUAUCCAUUAGUCAUGCUUCCUCCCAAGUCUAUACCACCAUUUUGGCAUGCGGUUUUUAUCAUCAUGGUGAACGAUACUUUGGUCCGGCAGACUGCAAUGGUGCUGAAAUGUUUCCUGUUAAUGUAUUACAAGAACAGUAGAGGCCGGAAUUAUCGUAAGCAGGGCCAAAUGCUAACUCUGGUCGAGUAUCUCAUGCUUUUAUACCGUGCCUUAUUGCCAACUCCAGUCUGGUAUCGUUUCUUCUUAAACAAAGAAUACGGAAGCCUCUUUUCGUCACUGAUGACAGGCUUGUACUUAACUUUCAAAGUCACUUCUAUAGUUGAGAAGGUGCAAUCCUUCUUUGCUGCAUUGAAAGCCUUAUCACGUAAAGAGGUACAUUAUGGAGCAUAUGCGACGUCAGAGCAGGUUAAUGCAGCUGGAGAUCUGUGUGCCAUUUGCCAGGAAAAGAUGCAUGCUCCUAUCCUACUUCGUUGCAAGCACAUAUUUUGUGAAGAUUGUGUCUCAGAGUGGUUUGAGCGGGAGAGGACGUGUCCGUUAUGCAGGGCUUUGGUUAAACCUGCAGAUCUGAGGUCGUUUGGGGACGGAUCAACUAGCUUGUUUCUCCAGAUGUUCUAAAAUCAUUACUGUAUAAUCCACGAAUCUUUUUCUGCAUUGAAGUUCUAAAUAUACUCAAAGCGGGUUUCUCCUGAUGGUCAUCUACAGAUGUAAAAGUUGACUGUAGUUGACUUUUCUCUUUCUUUUUGCUUUUCAUGGAUUACCCAAGAACAUCAACUAAAGAGGCAACUAGUAGAAGUGAACAGCCUGUCUCUUCAUGUACUUUAAUUGAGAAUGCUAAAUGUAUCUAGUGAGCCCUUGGAACUAGAGAAAAAGUUGGAAAGGGGCUAACAGUAUUUCAUUGUGAAUUUACCAUAUAUAAAAGAUUUUUCCCACCUUUUCCCCUA